AUGUCAACGUCAAUCUCCAUCCUUCCGCCAUCACCCAUCCCUCUUCUAACAUCGGUCGCAUCGUACAGACAAUGGCGACAAAGAGCCUUCGAUGAGGGGAAAUCUGUGGGCUUCGUGCCGACCAUGGGAGCUCUUCACGACGGACAUCUGUCUCUUGUUCAGAGGUCACUGGCCGAAAAUGAGCUGACAGUUCUUUCCAUCUUUGUGAACCCAGCCCAGUUCGCCCCGCAUGAAGACCUAGCCACGUACCCUCGCACUUUACCAGGAGACCUGGAGCUCCUUACAGCACAGCAGGUUACUGUGGGCGAGACUGUGAGGAAAGCCUCUGCCAUAUUUCUACCCUCGGUCCAGGACAUGUAUCCAUCUGGUAUAAGCCAAGAUGUUUCGACACAAAAGGGAGCGUUCGUCGAGAUGAAGGGAUACGGACAUCAGAUGGAAGGCGCAAGCAGGCCGACAUUUUUCCGGGGCGUGGUGACGAUUGUAACCAAGCUAUUCAACGUGGUCCAGCCUACAAAUGCGUAUUUCGGUCAGAAAGAUAUUCAGCAAGCCUUACUUCUUCGGAGACUCUGCAAGGACCUGCUUUUCCCACACCCCGAAGCUGACCACGUCCAUAUUGUCCCCACGACCCGUGACCCGAACGAUGGGCUUGCUCUAUCGUCCAGAAACGCAUAUCUCUCUGCCAAUGAGCGGAAAUUUGCACCUGCGAUUUACAAGGCCCUACAAUACGCCAAGUCCGCGUGGUCGAACGGCGAAUCCAAGGACCGAUGCAUUUCAAAAGCUGUCUCUGUCAUCGACGAAGUAAAAGCACAGGCUGCCAUAGACGGAGUGGAUAUGCGGCUGGAUUAUAUAGAGAUGAAUGAUUCGGAGACAUUCGACGUCUUGGAUGCGUCUUCGAACUAUCAGUUGGCAGGAGAUAUACCUGUGAUUCUGAGCGGUGCGCUAUGGGUUGGGAAAACGAGGUUGAUCGACAAUAUCGUAGUUGGUGACCUCAAACGUAUAAUAAGAUAGCUCACAAAUAGAUGCGGGUGUGGCAAGAUUAUUAAAUGCUGAAGCGCAUCCAGAGUCAGACUAGCUACUGUCCGAUCCUCUAGAAAUUGCCGAGCCACAUAUCUCCUUCACCUCCAACUACCAGUACCUUCCGCGAUCGCCAACCACCGUGACGAUGGCCCGGGCGCAUUCGAGAGUGAUGCUAACGAACGGCACUUUGCCAUCCACUCAACUCAAUCAAUUUUCGGCGGUACACCCUUUCACUCAGCAG